UUUCUUUUUUCUAUAAGGCUGUGUUCAAUUAGUCAAUCAACUAAAACUUCAAUUUGACAAACCUGACACGUGAAAGAUGCAUGUUUUUAAUUGAAUAGCUUUGAUAGAUUAUGAGUUUAUAAUGAUUACGUAAAAAUAAGUAUUUCCAAAGUGAAGAUACUUAUGGCCGUGUAUACCGGUUACUAGCCUAGAUAGUUGGCUCGACACGACGUGUGGUGUUGCACAAACCCAAACUAAAAUUAUUGACUAGAUAUUAUAGAAGUAAAGUAUAGCCGCGGUGCUACGUGCGCCCGCGCGGCCGUGCAUACCGAAUCGUAAGAUCAAAGCACGCAUAGGUAGUUACUUUACCUACUCCAACACCCACACAGGCGCAGGCGGCGUCACGUAGCGGCGUGUCUUGCGCGCACACACACUCAGAGUACGCGAACACUAAUAAAAGUAUAAUAAAUGUUAGCGAGACACAAGCGCGGCGUACGGUACUAUUUGUUCGGGAGGGAGGUUGGAGGCACUCAUACAAGCGAGGGAGAGGCUGUGUCGGCGCGGCCAGCCAGUUUACCGUUGCGAGGCGCGUAGUGCGGCCGGACGCUGGACCGCCACCCGCGCGCCGCCGGCACCGAAGCUCUCGACCCCGCCUGGACGCGGCUCGCCCGCGGGACUCCCAGCCCCAGACGUCCCAGUGCCCCCACACCUGUUCACGAACUCUAUGCUCUACGCUGCUCUUGUUUACAUACUUACAGACUAAGUGCUACUACUCGUGCUUAUUUCACUGGAGUGUUAAUCCGAUUUCAGAAUAUUUAUUGGAUCGCUUCAUCACAGGCGAAGAUAUAAACUCGUCAGGUGUCGCAUCAAACUGAAAGAUUGACUUCACGUUACUACGAGAACCUACUUCGAGGACCUUCAUAACAUCAUGGAAUAUAUGGUCGAGUUCAGUUACCUUGCAAAAGAAGGUGUAUACUGAGAUCUCGACCAGCAAGGAAUAGGGUUGGGGUGAAUAAUGGGAAAAAGUAACGUACGGAUCAAGUUUGCACACUCGAUUGGUCCGCCGAUUGACUCGAGCACGUUGGGCACGUCCGAGUAGCACCCCAGCCCGCGCCCCUCUCCACACUAUCAGUUACCGACGCUCUAGCGACUGCCAAUAAAGUACAAGUCAUACCGGGUUAUUCACUUAUUUAAAUUUAGAUAUAUUUAUUGUAGUACAAAGAUUAACACAAACUCUGCGAGCUUGAUGUAGCAAACCUGAUAAGAGUACGAACCGAGUUGUCGUCCUCGGUUGUAAAUGAAACGGUAGUCAUGACGGCCACUGCCCCAGAACUGUCAAAGUCGGAUUUCUUUGACUUCGUGACGUCUAACGAGGUUACUGAUGCCCAGUACAAACAACAGAUGCGUUCUGUCAAUGUGUUCAUGGAAUCACCCGACUCAAGAUCUAACCCUUUGCUCUCAGAGGAACCCAAGGAACAGAACAAUAAUAGUUUGCUUAGUGUGAGUGGUACGCCAGUCAACGCUAACAGUGGUAUGGCCACCGCCACAUCCUCCACGACACUGCAGAGUUUCGACUCUAUCUGGAACGUGGACCGCGAACGAAGUAGCUUGGAUAAUACAAUGUUGGAAGAUCUCAACAAAUUCUACUGGAACCAGGAAACUGACAUAAAUGGCACGCAUCCCUGCACGGACACGGCAAUUUCUAAUAAAUUAAUUAAUAACACGGAUGGACAAAUAUACACGUUAACCGUACUUAAUCACGAUAUGACGGAAACAAACUCAAAUCGGUACUGGGCUAAAGAAGAGGACGUAUCCAUGUCUAGUCCAACCGAUAUCGAGACCCACAACUCAUUAGAUCUCGAAUCCAUCUUAAACAUGAACGGAUUCCCAAAUGACUUCAAUCAAGACUUACCAAAAGUAGAAGGUUUUACCUAUGAAGACGGUGACUCAGAGAGUCAGCAUCCCGACUUAAGUACUAGUGAUUUAGUAAAGGUAGAGCCCUACAGUUAUGAAGAACCCGAGUUUCAAGACAAAAAAGAUGAUUCUCAUAGCCCGUCUUUGCUCGGAACACCGACCUUAUUAGAAAAUCAAGUAGAAUUUAAUAACAAUAACAACGACUGGAAAAUAACAGAUCAAAAUACGGAGUCGAAUGAGUCUUUACUCAGAAGCGCGUUGCAAGGAAAAGCCUUUAUUAGAUAUAGUACCAUACAAAAAAAUCCAGCGAAAGUUGAAGUUAGCAAUGAAUUAAAAAGAGUCAUCCCGACAAAUAAUAACAAACCUGAUGUACCAUCCAUGUACCAGGACGACAUAUAUACCGUAAUGUCAAAUACAUCACCCAGUCGUUUCAACAUUUCGAUAUUACUAGAAGAUCCAACCACCACCGUUGUCUCAAACGGUGAAAAUCCUUCUUCGACGCAAAGCGUGGAUGAUAUUUUACUAUCACGGCUAGAUACAAAUUAUCCGGAUGAUUACGAAAAAUUAAAGAGGAUAGCGACAGAACUUGGUGAGUCGAUGCAACCAUUCUGUACCGUAGAACCAAUCGACCCGACGCGGAGUGUGUAUAACAUACACCACGUUAACGGUGAACUAGUGACUAUGAUACCCGCUGGAGAAGUCCAACUCAACCAGCAUUUACAAAUAGUGACAGCGUCGCCGACGGUGACCAGCACAAAGCCUGGAAAUAGGCGAUACAAGAAACCGCAAAGUAAAAACCCGGCCCCGACGGCGCAAGCGCAGUCGGGCACGGCCAUACAAGCGGCCACCUCCACGUCCAAUGGAGUUAGGAAGGAGAGAUCACUUCACUACUGCUCCAUAUGUUCGAAAGGUUUCAAGGAUAAGUACUCAGUGAACGUGCACGUGCGGACGCAUACAGGGGAAAAACCGUUCACGUGUUCCUUGUGUGGCAAAAGCUUCAGGCAGAAGGCGCACUUAGCCAAGCACUACCAGACGCACAUCGCGCAGAAGAGCGCCGCCGCCAACGGAGCCGUCAAGCCCAACAAGGCGAGGUAACACGCCCCCGCGCCCCGCACACCGCUCACACCCCAUUGAUAGUCAAUUGAACUUUAUCGUGGUGAUAUCAUAACGAAUGUAUUUUCUUAUAAUCGAUACUUAAAGGCUGAAAAUAUCACAGAUGAAUUUGGUAAGGUGCUAAUAAAGUAAUAAUUUAUAGAGAAAUAAGACAGUUACGAAAGAGAGAUGUGAAGGUUCUCGGCCGUUAAUCGUAUUUGUUAAUUUGUAUGUAAUUCCGCCCGUUACCGUAUACAUUUUAGCUUUAGCUAAGAAAAUAUACUUUUAAGUGUUUUACAAGAUUAUAAACUCGACUUACAUUCCAUAUUUAUUAGUCAUAAAUACUAGUUUACGUUAGAAGUCAUGUAUUUGUAAACAUUUUAUGCAAUUUGGUACAAGUAGGUUGAUAAUCUGACACCGAUUCCUAAGAAUUAAGCUCACGGUAAUACUCAAUAUUGAUGGUUAGGCAAGGAUUUGCCGAUGUGUCUCAAAGUAUCGGAUGAAUAGUGAACAAUGAUGAGCAGCGCUGAUGUUACCGGUCGCCGCGGCGCUAUAGUAAUUUCUCUUGCGGCGCGGACGCCUGAACUUUCUAAAAUAAAAUUAAAAAAAAUACAGUAAAAGAACGAGUAUUCAGAACCCAGCAUCUUUCACUGCUCGACUAUCGCAUCUGUACUCUGUGUUCCACUCGAUUCUAGCAGCGACGUUUAUUUUUUCGUGUAUUUCGGCACCAUUACUUUUCGACAUUUCUAUUUACUUAGAGUAACUUUGCGAUGUGUAGAUAAGCUUUGUACAAAAAAAAAGCGAAUUCUCUUGCUAUUAUUAUAAUGCUUUAGAUUUGGAACGUAAUCGCUUGUUGGGGACGGGCACAUUCGAGUGUCCAUAUCGGACGUCGAUGCGACGAGGAGAGCGGUUUCUCAUUCCUAACAUUACAUCUUUCGCCUUAUACUGGGAGAGGCCUGAUUGCCCUCAGAUUGCUAUAAAUUAUAAAUACAAGUGGUGUUUCAAUCGCGGUCUUUAAAAUUGUGCUCCCUUUCUCGUCUAACAAAUUGGCCUUUCUUUGUUCCGUCCGUGUGUUUAUAACACGGGCCUCGCCCUGUCAUUAUUUAUGUACGUACCUGGAUAGUUUCUUAGAUAUUGUUUACCGUCGGACACCUAUGUAAGUAAUCAUUUUAUGUCUUCCGAUUAUUACUUACCAGUUAUUAGCCAUGAAACGGUAAUCUUGAGGAUGAAAGUGCAUGAAAGUACUGUGCAUGCUUGCCUUCUACUUAGUGAAAGUAAUUACCUAAUAUAGACAUAACUCUAAUUUGUUUCACUGACAUUUUCAGAUGUACACCUACAACAUAAUACAAGCAGGUGGAAUGUGUCGGACUAGCUUGUUAUUACAGUAAUGAAUACGAUAACAUUUCAACAUACAUGUCUAUCUAGCUACGAUUUUGCGCUUACCGCUUGUUUUUGUAAUCUAGACUGUACAACGUUUUAAUCAGCCGCUCAAAAUCUUGUAGGAUAGGAAGUUAUUGGAUAUAGAUAACGUUAUUCGUCCAAAACAAUUGUGAUAUAAAAAAAUGAUUUUUUUUUAAAUCGGCUAUCGACAGGACGCUUAGUAAGUUAAUAUUUUUUAAAGUUUCAUUACGAUACUUGCCUUUGUUAAUAGACUAUCAGGCAGUGUCUAUUACAAUUGUUCAAUUAUAUUCCGUGAUUGAAAUUAAACCACCGGAAUUAAGGUCAAGUCGUAAUAUUUCGGCCUCCGCACGUCAAAUGCGCGGUAUCACACAAUGUCACUGCGGCGCGACCUAGCCAUUUUUCUAUUAAAGUAUUCCAUUAGUUGUAUUCUAAAAGCAAUUACAUAAAUUAUUAUCAAAAGAACGUUUGUAUUGUUUGUAUUACGUGAUAAAUAAAAAAUAAACUGACAGGCUACGGACACCGAUACUACUCUCACGUCAUGCGUACAUCGUCGAGCCUAUUAUAUAAAAACUAUAGGAUCUGUUUUGAAUAUCCACCUACUUUCGUACCAAUAUGUUAAUUUAGAUACAGUGUUUACCGAUCUUAUCUUUAGCUACCGCAAGUUAUACUAACUU